CGCAUGAAGCCGUUCCUGUCUGUAUUUCAUGCCAAAGCUCAUGAUUUCAAAUGCGAGGUCAAAUGGAGUGGGGCAUAUCAGGAAGGGGCUGGCCUAACACUAGGCGAGGAGGUUGAGCAGUGCAAUGCCUUCCUCUCUAGGAUUGCAGUGACCACAAAGCACAUGUCAAAAGCUGGACGCACAGACAUGCUGACUCUCUUGGCCAUGCACUGGAAUCAGCAAAAGUUCGACAAUUUGGUCACCUCACUGUCUCACAGAUAUCACAAGACCAUACAAUCUCUACAAAGCAAGCAACAGAAUGUUGAGUCCAUGAAAGCUCAGUUGGCAGUGACAGAGAGCCAUUUGGAAGACUGGGUCAGUGAUGUCAAAGAGUGGGCAGAAGCAACAACAAACACAAGCACAAAUGAUGUGGAUGCCUUGGCCAGUAGAAUCGAGGUGCUGGUGACCAGUAUAAAGAGACGCUCACAGCGUCUUUAUAAAGAUACUGACGGCAACAAAGGUCGUGCCAGGAUCCGCCGCAAAAUCAGGGAGGAGAAGGGGAUCCUGACCUCUGUUGUGGAGAAAUACAACAAAAUAGUUCCAAGCACAGAAAGUCUUUGCAUGGAAACCAUUGUGUCUGGCGAGACAGCUUGGCCAUGGCAGCUACCACACAGUGGUAUGACACACAAACACAGAACCAGUACCCUCAAAUGAGGAUCUGUUACCCUACAGGACUUUAGACAUUCUUUGACAGAGUACAUAUAACUAACUUCAUGAUAUUGUCUAUGUACAGUGCCUUGAGAUAAUGUAUGUUGUGAAUAAAAUUGAAUUCACUUCAAAUCUUUGUAAAAAGAAAUGCAUUUGAGACUCUGUCGAUCUAAGGACAAAGAGAAAGGCGUUUGACAUCAUCAUGGCAGUAAGGAGACUG